UAUUCCUUUCUCGGGCAUCCACUGGUUACCAGUUCUCCCCAACCCGCCACCCUUCGCACUCAAUCUCCACCUCUUCUCUCCGCCUCUCUACAACCAUUCAUUCAUUUAUAAAACAAGCUAUCUUGGUGUUCGUGACCCUCGCACCUUCUCUCCCUUAUCUCCCACUCAUCACUUCCAAUCCCCUCUUUCUCCUAUUCUAACCCUAGAUUUGCUACGGAUCCCAUAGAGUUAGCAAUCUGAACGCGAUGGAGGACAAUGGGGUCGUCACGGUUUACGGGAAUGGCGCUGCCCUAACAGAGCCUCCGAAGAAGGCGACGGCGUUCUCAGUGAAAGUAGGACUCGCGCAGAUGCUGCGCGGCGGGGUCAUCAUGGACGUGGUGAACGCCGAGCAGGCACGGAUUGCGGAGGAGGCCGGUGCCUGCGCGGUGAUGGCUCUGGAACGCGUCCCCGCUGAUAUUCGUGCGCAGGGUGGCGUCGCCCGGAUGAGCGAUCCCGGUCUUAUCAAGGAGAUCAAGCAGGCGGUGACUAUACCGGUCAUGGCCAAAGCCCGAAUAGGCCACUUCGUCGAAGCCCAGAUCCUCGAGGCCAUCGGUGUCGACUAUGUGGACGAAAGCGAGGUCCUCACCCCUGCCGAUGAUCACCACCAUAUCAACAAGCAUAACUUUCGCGUUCCCUUCGUGUGCGGCUGCCGGGACCUGGGCGAGGCCCUCCGUCGUAUCCGGGAGGGCGCUGCCAUGAUCCGCACCAAGGGAGAGGCUGGCACCGGCAAUGUUGUUGAAGCCGUUCGCCAUGUCCGUUCUGUUAUGGGAGAUAUCCGAGCCCUCCGGAACAUGGACGACGACGAGGUUUUCUCCCUCGCUAAGCGAAUUUCUGCCCCAUACGACCUCGUUAUGCAGACAAAACAGCUCGGUCGCCUCCCUGUCGUUCAAUUUGCUGCCGGUGGCGUAGCCACCCCAGCUGACGCCGCUCUCAUGAUGCAGCUUGGAUGCGAUGGUGUCUUCGUUGGUUCCGGCAUCUUCAAGAGUGGCGACCCUGCGCGCAGGGCCAAGGCUAUUGUGCAGGCUGUCACCAACUACACUGACCCGGAGAUCUUGGCAGAUGUUAGUAGCGGUCUUGGAGAGGCCAUGGUCGGGAUUAACCUCAACGACGCCAAAGUCGAAAGGUUUGCUGCCCGCUCCGAAUAGAUAGCAAUUACAUCAUUAUCCUUGAUUGAAGCACCGUGGAUGAGCCCCUGUUUGUUUGCUAAAAAAUGGUUACUUUCUUAGAUUUUUCUUCUUAUCUCUGAUAUUGCUGAAAUUGUGUUGUAUGGUUUCCUUCUGUUGUGGUCCUAUAUGUCAGAAGUUCUAUACAUUUUCGAUAAUCUCAUAUACUCUUAUACUCUUUUUUAGGCUUUUCGGUUUCACCUUAUGAUUUGGUGCAUGUAUAUGUUGCCAUAUGCAGCUCUCUGGUACCCAUUUUCACCAGUUCUUUACUGAAUGAAACUCAUAAAUUUUCCAUCUA